ACACACACUCUGAUUGGCUUUCUAGACUCCCACGAGGGGUCGCAUGCAAAAGAUUUGCGAAAGGGUUUAUUGUUUCUUUGCUUUCAGCAGUCGAACUUGUUUGCUAUCUGCUCAGUUCUACAAUCAAAUAACGAGACGGAAAAAUGGCUGGUGGCAAGGCAGGAAAAGACAGUGGCAAAGCCAAGGCAAAAGCAGUGUCACGCUCCCAGAGGGCUGGGUUGCAGUUCCCAGUGGGUCGUAUCCACAGACAUUUGAAGACUCGCACAACCAGCCACGGGCGUGUAGGAGCCACAGCAGCUGUGUACAGUGCUGCGAUCCUUGAGUACCUCACUGCUGAAGUACUAGAGUUGGCGGGCAACGCCUCCAAAGACUUGAAGGUGAAGCGUAUCACUCCCCGUCACUUGCAGCUGGCCAUCCGUGGUGACGAGGAGUUGGACUCCCUUAUCAAGGCAACAAUUGCUGGAGGAGGUGUCAUUCCCCACAUCCACAAAUCCCUCAUUGGGAAGAAGGGCCAGCAGAAGACUGCAUAGAUGCCAUGUUGACCAGAAAUUUUGGGGCUUGGGCUUUGAUUGGACCAGGAGUUCACAUUUGUUCUUUUUAUUAUUAAUAUUAUAGCAAAAGAAGAGUGAUUGUUAGGCUUUGUGUUGUAAUAUUUUCCCAUAACUAGAAAAAAUACAGAAAACCCUUAAUGACAAAAAAACUCUUUGUAUGUUAUUGUAGAACGUUUGACUGGGGGAGUUCAUGAUUAUUUCAAAUGGUGACAGUGAAUUUGUUUGAUUGGCCUAGAACUCUGUAAUGUUUUGUACUGAAAAAAGAAAUUGUUAAAACCAUUUUUUAUAUAAAAAGAAACUUGUUUUGUGGUUAUUUUUCUUGAAGUUACAAUAUUUACUAUAAUACAAGUUUUUAAGGAGAUAUUUUUUUGGACAGAAAACUGGGUAACGACAGCUAAAUGUGAGAUUGUGCUUUUUUUCCUUUUAACUUACUGUAACAUUUUGAACUGCACAAGGAUAGUGAUGUAUUAAAAGUUGAAAUUUUUGCAUCAAAAUGAAAAAUCGUUGAAAACAACUUAUUACAGACUUCUGCUACAGUGUUUUGUGUUUAAUAGCAGUUAAAAAAAUGUAUUAAAUAUAAGUGUGAUUCUCUGCUGCUGUGAUCAGGUGACACUGAUCCUGCAGUUUUUGCCUCACUGUGGAGCCAUCUGUCAACUACAUAUCACUACUAUAUAGUUGGUACCCUGAUAUUUGGAGAAAGAUGAGUUGAAGAUUGAACAUCUGGUACAUGUGAACCAUAUCAGUGCUUUAAAAAUGUACCUACAAUUUCUAAAUGUAUGAACAAACUGAAAUGUCCCGACCAUAAGUCAUUACAUUUUUCAAGUGAAGUAGUCAGAGCCUUUUUUCAAAAGGUAUGUGUUCAGGGAAAUGGCUUUGCAUAUUUUAUCUUUGAAUAAAUAUCCAUUGCAUGUUAUCCUUUA